GUAACAUUUUAAAGACAUUCUUUUGUGUUUUUUUCAUCCAUAUUUUUGUCCUUUUCCAUCCUAAGCAAGCUUUAUUCUCGGAACCCUUCAGACGCCGGUGUGAUUUAUGCCCGCCCUUCUCCUGAAUGGAUACGUCAAACCGCUCUUCCCAAAAGUGCCACUCGUUAGUUCCAUUUUUAAAUUAAAAACCGGCCAACGGAAAUUGUGUCUCCGGUGUUGUCAGCACCGCGCCGUCACGAUAAUUCAAAAGCUUCGUGAGAUUCGUUUCAUUCUACCGCUUGAUUGGGUUUUAGGCGGAAACGGGAUUCGUUAGCGGAGAGAGGACUAUGGUUUCGUAGUAAUUUUUGUAUCAGAUCAGUGCGUCCACGGGGGCCAGGCCAGUCGGCACUUUGUUAUACUCGGCGCGCACGCUGCCGCUGCCGCUGCGUUGCGUUAACGUUUAGUUCAGUCCGCAUUUCGAACAAGAAUAGCCGUCGGUUCAGAUUGUUCUCCGCUGGAACCGGCUCAUCUUAUUUUGAAUUAGUUCAGUAAUAAAAACCAUCCAUUUGAUUGUACGCGGCGUUAAAAAAACCGUGCAAUCAUUAGUGCGUCGGUACAGUAAAUUUCUGCUGUAUCCUGAAAUUAGCGUCAAUAUUUUUUAUCACCAUAUAUACAUACGUGAUACUUUAUUGAUAAGAGUGAGUAUACACAGAUAACACCAUAGCGACGCUCAGUUACAUACACUUCAGUUAUAAAACUCGCGUAACAAUUAGUGUUAACGGAUCGGACGCGUUUUCAGUUCUUGUUUUAGAUACAAGCCAGUGAUUGUAGUGAUGUGUAUGAGUGAUGCGCCUGCGCCGGUGCAAGUAUAGAGUGUAGCGAUAGACCUAUUUUCGUAUCACGGAAAUAAGAGCGGUAAAAGGAGCAAAAAGCAUUCACUAACUAAAAACUUGAGGACGCAUUACGAGAGUGUAUUUUUGUCUGAUGUGAUUAAAUGUCCGCACCGGUUGAGUGAAUAGACAAUAUUUAGUGUAUUACUACCAAAAUGAAGAAAAGGACAAUAUCGAAACUGAUUUCAAUAUUUGGCUCAAAGAAAGGCAAAAAACAACAACAGUCGUCGAAAAGCUCGCGGUCGCCGUCGCCGGAGUCAGCGGGACCAGCCUCUCCAGCCAGUAACGAAUCCUUCCGCCCUAUCCUCCGCACUCCGCCACCCUCCCACAGCGGUCCACCCCCCUCCCCACCGGUACCCACCCACCCUGUCGCCCCUGUCGCCCCGGAACCUACCGGCCCUCUGCCUCUCCAACCAUGUCCGGUGUGCGACAGAACCUUCGUGCCUCAAUCCCUCGCCAAACAUGUCAAGAUCUGCGAAAAGAUGAACGUCAAGAAGCGAAAGACCUUCGACUCUUCGAGACAAAGACGUGAAGGCACGGACUUAGAACAAUACUUGCCAAAGAAUUUCGGUCUUCCAGAAAACAGCCCCUUCAUAGAGAAGAGCCCGCCCAAUACUGCCAAGACUGCGCUGAAGCCCAAAUCUCACUCAGUGAGGAGUGCUAUCAUGAAGCCAGUAGCGGACUUGCAGAAGUGUCCGCACUGCAGCCGCAACUUCGGCAUGCGCGCGUUCGAGCGGCACGUGGAGUGGUGCGCGGACAAAGCGAAGAUCCUGCCGGCCGCGCCGCAGCAGCCGCCGCCGCACAUCGCUGACGCCAAGCAGCGGCUCAAUGCGCGCACGCAGUACAAGGCGCCGCCUGUUCGCGGUAGACGGUCAUCGCAAACUCGAGAAAAGUCUUCCAACAGCCGGUCAACAUCAGUGGAGUCGGUGCGCGGGGUAUCCCCGCCGCGCGAAUUCGGUGACUACAGACACGCCAGGACACGAGCAUCGGAAUCGAUGUCAAGUAACGACUGCCAUGAUGAUGCUUCCCCUCACGUUCCCGUUAUAAGGAAUUUGAGAACAUCGCAGACUAAUUCAUCGGGCGAUGCUAACAUCAAAGCGAGGCAAGCUAGACUUGCUAGAGAUCUAAGCAGCUCUAGAAAUAACCAAGAACCAAAAUCACCCCCAGUCCAACAAACCAAUACAGACCCAAAAAUAAUUAAGAAAGGCUCAGAAGCAAAAUCGCGAAACUACUUAAAUACUAAAAAGAAGCAAGACAAAAUAAAGAAGCUCGAGGAGACUAUUUCUAUGUUCAAGAAAAGAACUAAUGACAUGCCAAAACGGAAAAAUAUUAAAAGUUCUAAAAUACCUCUAGAGAACAAAGAACCUACAGCUAAAACUCAAAUCCCAGUACCAAAGAAAAGUAAACCUAAAGAAAAGAAGGUCAUGGAAGUAAAAGUUGCUGAGAAUAAUAAAAAUAAUCUUACAGAUAUCAAAAAGGUUAAGUCUCUAAAACCAGCGGGACCUUUGAAUGCCACUUCUCAAAUAAAACUGAAAGAACAAGUUACAUCCAAACCCAGAAAAGAUGCAAAUACCAUAAAAGAAAGUACUAUGAGUUUGGAUAGUCUAGAUGACGAAGCAAAUACAAACAGAAAUAAGAAAUGUCAAUCAAUAGGUGUAAAUACUGAACUUUUAUGUCCUUGUGUACCAUGUGUAAUACAUGAUACUCUGGAGCAAAAGAUUUUUAUCAAACAGCAAAAUAAAACUAAGCAGUUAGAACAGAAAAACCAUUUAAAUCCAGAAGUCGAGCUAUUGUUCAAAAACCCACAAAUGACAAGUUCUUCUGAUAUGUUUUGCAAAAAUGAAGUACAGGUAGAAUCUUUAGAAGAUGUAACAUUUAUAAACUGUAAUGCAUCACCUAUGACAUUAUGCAACCCAAACCAUGACAAAAAAAAUCGUUUCGAUAGAGCUAAAUCAGACGCGAACCAAACUGUUCACCUUUUAGAAAACAUAGAAGCAGACAAAAGCUGUCACGAACAUAUUAAUAUAUUUAGAGAAAACACAAAAAAAGAUGAUAUUGCAGAUUUAUCCGUAGAAAUUCUAGAAGAUAAUUUAGAACAAGAUGUAAGUGAUAAUAAUUUUGAGGAUUCCUUCGAAAAUAGAAAUGAAGUUAUCGAAAGCGAUAUUAUGUGCCGUUAUGGAAGUGGGGAUACAUAUACUAAAUUUACUGAAGAUCCCGAUGAUUUAGAUGAAUUUAUUAAUUUGACUAAUAAAUUGAUACAAGAAAACAACGAAAGUUAUCAAAAGGUACCUGAUAUUGAAAUAUCGCUUGACAAUAUCCAUACACCUCAGACUAAUUCACUUGAAUCUAUUAAUGAAAAGGCAGAAACUACAACACGUGAUGUUUCAAAUACUUUUCAAGAACUUAAAAAUGACUUGAAAAAUCUUUUAGGAGAAACCAAAGACGAAAAGAAGGAUGUUAAUGAUAUAUUUAACAAUGUAAAUUUACUAGAGGUUAAUGAACGAAACGUUUGUGAUAUGGAUCAUAUUACAAUGUAUGAACUUAAAUUUUAUGAACAAGAGUCAAAUAUACAAAUCGAAAAUAUUAUAUCAGAUAAUCUUUCCUUAGAAAUUAAGUUGCCUGCAAUAAAUGAAACGAACCGAAUCUCUAAAGUAGAAAAGAGUGAGAGAAGUUAUAAACAUUCUAAAAACCAAAAAGGAUAUAAAAAGUGUAAAUUGUUAGGACAACAAAACAAGUGUGAAAAUGAAUACCGAACUUUUAUCAUAAAGGAAAAACAAGAAAAUAGUGACGAAGAACCACCUUUGAAAUUGCCCCGUAUUGAUAUUAAGAGCAAUAACAAUGUUGUGAGUGAUAAACUUUUCCCGUCCUCCGUCAAGCGUUCCACCUCCCUCCUUGAUUCCCUUCAGAAGAAGUCUGGAACAAAAAACGAACACUCAAAAGGUCGCCACCAAACAGACCAGGUAGAAGAAGAUCUUAUGCAAUCUCUAAAAGAUUUCGAUAAAUUUUACGAGUCUGAAAAGAAGGACAACCAAACUUUAAACAAAGAAAUGGUAGUCAGCAAAAAUAAUAAAAAUGUAUGCCACAAUACGGCAAAGAAAGAAUUUCGUCGAACGACUGAUUAUAAGAGAGGUAAAAACGAUAAUACGUCCAACGGAAACUAUACACCGAAUGGAAAAUCAAGCUCCGAUUCAGCGUAUAGCAGGUUAGUCAGCUUAAAUAGAAUUUCACCCUCUAAACUAUCAUUAUGCAAUGCAAAGGAAUCAAAUGGAGUCGCAUCAUUAGAACAAAUACCUGCCAGGUCGGAUUCAAGCGGGAGUCAAAAAGACGACAUUCGCUCUAUAUCCAGUGAAGAGUUCUUGGCUAUGGAACGAUCGGCCGAAUUAGAUGGACCAAUUAAAUCCUCUAAUGUAAUGCAAAGAUCAGAAACUAACAAGGAUGUGGAACCUUUAAACAUAGAUGAUAAGCGCGUGAGCUCCCGCGCAUCAUCCCACCACAGCUCCACGUGGCGGCGACCUGAAGCACUGAGCUCCAGCGGCUCCGACUCGUCCCUUCACCGGCCGCGCAAAGACUCGGUGGAAGCGCCGAGGCUGUCGCGCUUCUGUCACGAGUGCGGCAACAGGUUCCCCGUGGACACGGCCAAAUUUUGCAUCGAAUGCGGUUUUAAGAGACUUUUAAUAUAAACAUUAUUAUGAAUGUGUGUGAAGCGAUUUCUAGUCUAAAUAGUUUGUCGAAGACUUUGAGCUACAGCUUGGCAAGAAAGUGUAGAAGCGGAACUAACUUUUUUUCCCUCUUACAACAAUAAUCAACUUGUCAGUUGUUAGUGUCUAUGCUGUCAAAAGUGAUUAUUCUGUCGUCUUCGGUCUUUGAAGGUUAAGUUGUUAUGGUUACGUUUACGUUUCUCGUAUUCGUGUUGCCAUAUUGCCGAUAGCGGCGCCUCUAUUAAAUUCUACUCUUUUUUUGCCAGGCUAUACGUCAUUUUGCACGGCCAGAAAAGUGUGGCCGUGUCGAUGCCAUUUAUUGUUUCUGCUACAAACGCGGAGAUGUCGAGAGCUUUCUUUCUGUGUGUUAAUCAGUGGCGUGCACGAGGUUUUUGCCUAGGGUAGGCACUAUACGAAUAAAUUGCACAAAACGGAAAAUUCCUUCUCCAAAUAAGCAGUGCAUUUUUGCAUCUAUGAAGUGCGCGCCACUGAUGUUAAUGUAAUACGUAUUUGGGUUUUGCUCAGUGUUAAUACAAUAUUAAUAUUUAUUAACAUUACUGUCUCCGUAAAUGUAACGAGUAAAAGUUUUAUAUAUAUUUUAUUUAUUUUACAGUGUUUUGGGUUAGUUAGUUUAUUAACUUAUUCAACCGCAAAAGGAUCUCUUGGUCACAACAUAAAUGCUUUAUUGUUAUGUUUAUAGAAAAAUUAUAAUUAUAAAAAAUCAAAAAGGUUCCAAGUGCUUAGUAACCAAAUGUAACAAGUAGUUCUAAUAAUUUUUAGUUUUUAUAACUUAGUGUUACCAAAAAUAACUGCUAUAGUAAUUAGUGCCUUCCCUUGGAGUUAAGAGUUUAUUAAUCUUUACUAAAUAUUCCUAAAACAUUUGACGAUUUAUUUAUUGAAAUGGGGCCAGCAGCUUUUUUUUUUAAUUCAAAAAUACUGUGAUAUAUCAGAAAUACAUGACCAUUUAAACUUGAAUUUCAAACUAUCACAAAUUAAUUAAGUGCCAAUUUUUUGUUUUAGUUUUGAAUGGAAUUUUAUGAUUCUAUAUUUUUAAUUAGUUUUUGCACUUGUUACCAAAAGUAUGUUUAUUUUAUAUUUCAUUUAAACAGUUCACGAAUUUCCAAAAUAACAUCUCCUUUUCUACAAAUGUAGCCAUUUCUAACAAGACUGAUUUUAUUUUCACUGGUUUGAAAGUAUGAUCCUAACUUACUGUUAUAAUGCAUUGUUUUUAUUAUUAUUACUAUUGCAAUAUCAUGUAAUAAAUUAACAUUUGAAUA